ACUAUUCUUUGUUGUGUUAAUUAUUAUGGUGUUAUGAUGUGUCAUUGUUGUGUCAAAUCAAAUACAUUUAUUUAUUUAUAUAUUUAUCCUUUCGGAAGAAGUCCCAAAUUUCAUGAGAACUCAUAACCGGCACUUUUGUUACCAACAGAGAGUUAUGAGAAAUGUGCAGAAAAUUAUGGUGUACUCCUUGUCUAUUUCUUGUAUUGUUAAGAAUUUGUGAAGUGGCUUCCGUAAGAAACAGAAUAAUUGGGGGCCGUCCAGCCAAAGUUGGUCAAUUUCCAUCCCUCGUGGCCCUAAAUAUCCAAGAUAGUGGCUUUUGUGGUGGUGACUUAAUCUCAAAUAGGCAUGUGGUUUCCGCUGCGCAUUGUUUCCGAGAUCAAUCAAAUCCUAGCAAGAUAAAGGGUAUCGCUGGAGACGUUGACAGAAAAGUAGAGUCAGCUCCCUCACGGAAAGAGCUGACAUUUAUACAUGUUGCAUCUCAUCCCCGAUAUAAUCCCGAUACGCAAGCAUUUGACUUUGCUGUUUUGUCCUUAAAUGGUGCAAUUACUUUGUCAGAAAAUGUCCAUCCCAUUGUGCUAGUGCGAACUAGGCCACCAGAGAAAACAAAGUGCUUAAUUGCAGGGUGGGGAUUAAUGACUGAACAAGGAAAGGAACCAAGUGGGCAACUCAUGUAUGCUGAGGUCAUGCUAGUUCCAGAUCAGCAAUGCGUUUACCAGACAGGCGCUGAUAUGUCAACAAUGUUUUGCGCUGGUGUUCCCUUUGGAGGAAUCGACUCUUGCAGUGGGGAUUCUGGCGGUCCAAUAAUAUGUGAAAACCAAUUAACUGGGGUUGUAUCUUGGGGAAGAGGAUGUGGUCGAGCGCAGGAUCCCGGCGUUUACGCGGACAUAAUUGCAGGCAGACCAUGGAUUCUCGCACAGUUACAAAUAACAAGAGCAGCUGCCCCUAUAUUUAGAAAAAAAUCUCCAAUAAUCGAAUCAAGUAUACCAGCUUUAACAAUAGCUUUCUUAGGUUCUGUUUUACUUUAAGUUUGUAAAAAGUAAAAAAAUAAAAUUGUGAUAAUUUGAA